AAACAAACUUUUGCGAUUAGAAAAUUCCCUGAUUCAAAAGAACAAACAUCGUUAGCACCUGUGUUUGUUGGGAUCUAAAAAGUCCUUCAUUUUAUCCCUUUUCGUUAAAGUGAUGCUAAUAUUUUCUCAAUAUUUCUCGAACAAUUUUUAAUUUUGCAUCACGAACAAAAACUAUUAACGAUUUAUUUAUUAAUUUAAAUUUACAAUGGCACAAACUUUCGGUCAGCCGCAACAACAAGUACAACAACAAUCUCAAACUCCAGAGUAUACCUUACCGGGGGUACUGCAUUUUCUUCAAUCGGAAUGGAGGCGUUAUGAGCGAGAUAGGAAUGAAUGGGAGAUUGAACGCGCGGAAAUGAAGGCUCGUAUCGCAUUAUUGGAAGGCGAGCGUCGAGGGAUUGAGAACAUGAAAACAGAUCUAAUGAGACGUGUGAAAAUGCUAGAAUUUGCUUUGAUACAAGAAAGGAGUAGAUAUUUGGCCAAUGUACCCCCAACACAAUUUCCAACGAAAGAAUCAUCCAAUGUAUCAACACCUGCAAAUGAAGAAGGACCUGAAUCGUCUAAUACACAAUCCCUUAAAAGUAUGUCAUCAACUUUGAAUACAGUGUCUUCUCAAUACAAAAAUUUAGCAUCAAAUAGAGAUCCUAAAUAUCGCACAAAAAGUCGGGAGAUUCUUAAAGCAUGUUUACAAGAAAUCGAUUACCUUACAAACGUUGUGACUAAUACUUCGUCCGCUAGUAAUCGAGUUACAACCUAUCCAACAGGUUUGGAUGGAAUUCCAAUUCCAAAUGGUUUGGAUGGAAGUAAUAAUGCGACACGAAAACUACAUAGAAAUAGUGCAAUAUUUGUUGGAGGAAAUACAAAUGCAUAUAAUAGAAUGACCAAAAGACCCGGCAAUUUUUCCAUUAGACCUUCCAGACCAGCACCUACAUCACCCGCCAUGGUUUCACCAAUAUUACCAACUAAUUCUUCAAGUCCGCCAUUAGAUUGUUCAAUAAAUGAACAUUCAGAUUCUACGUCUACAGAACAAGAAGGUGGAUCCUUCUUCCCUCAUUCAGGAAGUGAAUCAUUUAAAAACGGCGAUAAACUUUCCAAUGGCGAACAAUCGUCUCCAAUCUCGCCAGAAUUUGAAGGAAAUCCGAUAGCUAAUAUGUCUUCGGAUAUUCAAUCAUUAAAUAAUUGCGUUGUUGAAUCGGCCACUACUAAUUGUGAAAAAGAAAGUGAAUUUUUAUCAAAUAAUGAUAAUUAUAAUACACAAAAUAAAACAAAAAAUGAAAGAGAAUGGAAGACUCAUAAUCAAGUUAAAAAUAAAAAUAAAUUGAAGAGUCCAGAUGAAACAAAAGAAGAAGAACAACAAUUGACUAAAGAUGUACAGAAAAAGUUUGGCCUAUCGGAUGUAAACGUGACAAAAUUGAUGAAAAACGCAAAUAAACGAAAAAGUUCAGAAAUUUUGGAAAUUAAUAAUUCCGAUCCACAGCUAGAUGAACUUAGUUUUAAUGUUGAAGAAGAAGAAAAUAUUCAAAAAUCUGAGACCGAUAAAACACAGGAAAAUGAUACAGAUCGUAAAAUGUGGAGACAGAGAUUUACUUUGAGAAGUCACCUUGACACCGUUAGAUCUCUCUCAUGGCAUCAAACAGAACUUAUGUUUUUAUCUGGUUCUGAAGAUGGUACUGUAAAAUUAUGGGACUUGAAAGGCCCACUAUCUCACAAACCGACAUCCAUUCCUGAUAUUGAACCAUGUAUUACUUAUCGAGGACAUACGGCAGCAGUUAAUUCUGUUGUAAUGGCCUCGGAGCAAAAAAGAUGUUAUUCGGCUAGUAUGGAUGCCACAAUUCGUGUAUGGAAUUUACCUUCGUCUAAACGCGAUACUUAUGGACCUGUCGACCCUUCGCUGAAUCUAACUACCUACAUUGGUCAUACGGAUGCUAUUUGGGAUUUAAGAUUGUUCCCUAUGCGUAAUCAAAAUACUCAAUUACUAGCAUCUGCAUCUGCUGACGGCAAAGUCAAAAUUUGGGAUACAGAGGCUGGAGGAUCACCUUUGAAAUGCUCUUGGGGUUAUUAUGGUAUUAAUAAUGAAGGAUCUGUUAAUGGGGAAGAUCGUCCCCCUAUACCAACAUCGAUAGAUUUUGUACACAGUGAUUUAAAGAAAAUUGCAGUAUCGUACCAAAAUUCAAUCAUAAAAUUAUUUGACAUUGAAAGUGAGCAAAGCGUUUUAACUUUUGAGAGUGAUUCGACGUACGAUAAUACGCCUGCAACACAGAUCAAUCGUAUAAUCGUUCACCCUACGAUGUCUUUAAUAUUCUCAGCACAUGAGGAUAAGUAUAUUAGGUUUUUUGACAUUAAUAGCGGUAAAUGUACUUUUUCGAUGCUUGCACAUUUGGAUUCAAUUACAUCACUUGAUAUCGAUCCGUCGGGAAUGAUUUUGUUGUCAGGAGGACAUGAUAGUUCUAUCCGUCUGUGGGACAUCAUGUCGACUCGACAAUGCAUUCAAGAAUUUGUAUCACAUCGACGUAAAUCAGACGAAGGAGUGUUAUCUGUUCAAUAUCAUCCUUCUUUACCUUGGAUAGCAAGUGGUGGAGCUGAUUCAGUAGUGAAGAUUUAUUGCUAACAGUUGUUUGAUAUCAUAUUACAAAUAUUGAUUUGUCUUAUGAUUUGAUUAUGAGAUAUUUUGAUUAAUAUUGUUCAUUUUAAUGUAAAUGACAAAAUUUGUGUACUGUUGCAUUUCACCAUUUUCAUCAAAGAAAUAGGAAUUAUGAAAUUUAGUAGCAAUUCCAUUUCUUUCUUUUCAUAUAACCGAAGGACUAUUAGCACUUUUUCACACAUUCAACAAUAUUUUGUAUUUUCUAUAUAUUACUGUUUUAUUUCUCUUUUUGACAUUUUUUGACACUUAAUAACAGGUUCGUUAAAAUAAUUUGAUGGAUUCCUUGUUUAUUCAUUUAUUUUAUUUUCUCCUUAAUAUA